AUGUUGAAACUCAGUAUCAUUUCGAAGCUUAUAAUAUAUUUAUUAGUGGGUUUAGUUCAAGUGCGAGGUUGCUAUUGGAACAGCAGGUGUUCGUAUGAAUUAUUCGGGUCGAAGACACCUUAUGAUACCGUUAGAGGAGAUAUUAGAGAUUAUCCUGUACCAGAAAACUGCGAAGCAAUAUCAAUAUGGGCGUUAAACAGGCAUGGCAAUAGGAAUCCAGGUUCAAGCGUAGCAAUUGGUAUGAGGGCGAUCGCCGAUUUGAAAGAUGAGAUCAUAGCCAGCUACGAGGCUGGAGACAGCAAGCUUUGCAGUCAGGAUAUAGACAACUUUAGAAACUGGUAUUGGAAUGACACUAUUGAUGUAAGCCACUCCUACCUCACCGGUGUUGGGUACGAAGAACUCUUUGGAAUUGGUAAAAGAAUUCAAGAAAAAUACCCUGACUUGUUCAACGGUCAACCAGAGGAGUUCUACUUUAGACCUACAAACGAACAGAGAACUGUCACUAGUUGUAUGGCUUUUGUCCAGGGGAUCACUAAUGGACUCAAUUUGAACGUGACAGUCGAAGGGCCUCGCGAUAUAGAUGAUAUUAUCAGACCCUAUUCACACUGUGAUCGGUAUCAACGAGAAGUGAAAGAAGGCGAGGUCUUGGCUGAACAGCUGGAUUAUUAUUUCCAAUCCGAAGAAUACGUUGCUGUCCAGGCUGCCGUACAAGAACGGCUAGGCAUCAAGACACCACUAGACGUUUUCAAUAUCUUCUCAAUUUACGAAAUGUGUCGUUUUUAUCGUUCCUGGACUGAAGUCCUUCAGUCUCCUUGGUGCGCCGCCUUCAGUGAUAAAGACCUUUUGGUUUUAGAAUACUAUGAUGACAUCAGACAUUAUUAUAGAAAUGGCUAUGGGUCUAAGGUCAAUGUGAACCUUGGAAAACCCCCUCUCAAAGAUUUAUACGAAAACUUUAAAUCGGCUGUCAACGGCAAAGGCAGGAAAGUAACAUCCUAUUUCACGCACGACACAAUGAUGGAAAUGACUUUAUCUGCUUUGGGAGUUUACAAAGACGAGGCACCUCUUCAGAGUACAGUCAGGAAUGCCGAUAGAAUAUGGAGGACCAGCUUCAUUGGAGCAUUCUCAUCUAAUUUGAUAGCUGUAUUGAACAGUUGCAAUGAUGCGGGCCCAACGUACAAGGUGCAACUAUUUAUCAAUGAAAAGGAAACGGAGAUCUGUCCUGUCGAUGGUUGCACCUGGGAAGAAUUCCAGGACAAAUUCCAGGCCUACAGCACGGCCAAUCUAGACUUCUGCAGUGUGGAUAAUGAGAACAAUUCCACUUCUUCAAUUAAUCGAAUUUUGAGCUGGUCAAGGAGAAGUCAUAGAUAUUAG